AUGGCAGAUCAUAGUAGUAUGAUGAGUUUGCUAUUAAUGGUAAUAUUAUCAAGUAUGGCUUUCACUACCAAAUCCCAACGUCAAAUGCUCAUGCCACCUGCUCCCGCGCCAGCCCCGGCAUUUCAACCUGAUCAAGUCCUUAGUUUGGCAUUAUUUUUCCUAAACAUUUUCCAAGCAGGUCCACCCCCAACUCUAACGGCGGUGGCCCCUCCACGAACUACUAUGCCUCCUCCACAAACUCCAAGGAGGGUAUCACCUCCACCACCAUCUCCGACCAUGGAGCCACCCACGAAUAAUUUCCAUCCACCACCACUGCCACCGCCAGACACUGAAUUCUCGCCACCGCCAACACCAGAGACCGCCGACAAUCCACAGUUCUCACCACCGCCACCGCCAACACCAGAGACCGCUGACAAUCCACAGUUAUCACCGCCGCAAACAUUUGACCCCCCUACACCAGGAUCCGAAACCCCAAUGGAUGACUAUCAACCACCAACAGAUGAACCUAUGAAUAAUUCCAAUCCACAGCCAUCGCCAGAGUUCAAACCCCCCGCACCAGAAUCCGAAACCCCAGAUAACGAUGUUCAGCCACCACCAGAACCUACGACUGCUUCGAAUCCACCCCCUGCACCAGAACCUCCAACCCCAGAUAACGAUAUUCAACCACCACCAGAACCUAUGACUGCUUCGAAUCCACCCCCUGCACCAGAACCUCCAACCCCAGAUAACGAUAUUCAACCACCGCCAAUGCAAAUGGACCUCGCCCCUCCUCCGCCUAGUGGGAAUCCUCCCGAAGAUGAUAUUACAUCUCCCCCGCCCCCAGAAGACUAG